GUGAUUUAUUCUGAAUAUAUAAGCACGGGCAAUGCCGGGCUACAACCAGCAAGCAAUAUACAUAGGUAAUAUAAUCUAUAUACGAGUAUUUAAUGCACUUUGACAUUGAACUCAAUUUGCUGAGCAUGCAGAAAUAGCGAUUGUCAAGUUUCAGUUGGUAUUUGGCCUAUUCUGACUUUUGGCCAAGACAGUCAGUCAGUCAACAUGAAUGGACGUGUCAUCAUCAACAUCUGCAAUUUGCUGGGUCUCUGUGCUGUCGUCGCUGGUGGUUCGGUGGUGCGUCGUCAGGUGGUGCAACCCACCUGGUUAAUGCGUCCCGAUUUAUUGCCCAAAGGUCCAGUUGUUCCGGUGCAAGUGACGGCUCAGAAUCUUCAGGAAGCGGCGGCUUUACGUAGCUCCAUUCAGAAGGCUGUCAAUGAGAACAGCUACGUGGUGGCCACAAAUCCAGAGCAGUACCAAAUUGCGCUGGCCCAGCUGGGCUACAAUAAUAGAGAAAUUGGAGCAAGUGCACCGAUGCCGAUGCCGCCGCCUCUUCCCACGAUUCCCAUGUUUCCGGCAUUUAGGUUGCCAAAUGCAACAUGGUGGCAACCCCGUUUGUUUCCCGCCUAAUUAACAAUUUAUUUUGGUUCAGUUAUAACAAAUAACAUAUUAUGAAUAUCGUAUAUAUUAAACUAAUGUCGCCUCAGCGAGCAAAAAGAUGUGGAAAUUUCAGAAUUUUACGCAUCUUGAGAAACUGAAAUAAAAGUUAAACAAUUGGUUUUUUUU